CACCAUCAACAGCCAAUCAGCGACGAGUACUUGUCCUAACUAUCGUAGCGUCACACCAACGCGGGCUCUGAUUGGCUCCUGCGGUGGUCACGUGACAAGCCCUCCUCAAGCCGAACCAUAGCGGUGAAGAGACGGAAGGAAAUAGUGUUUGAAUUUUCUCAUAUAUCGGCAAAAUAGUGCAGUGUGGGCGUGUUUUUGUGGCAUGAUGUGGGCGUGUGAUGCCUGGCGCGUGUGGUGACGGGCGUGGGCGUAGCUGCGAGGAAAGAUAGCCAAGAUGCACGAGGAUGAAGAUAGAAAGGUGAACGAAUGGUGUAGCAAGAUCAGGAAGGAAGGAUAUGUGCUGGAUCGACAAAUUCGCUCCAUCCAGCGAGAGGAGGAGAAGGCCAAGAGGAGCCUAAGAGAUGCUGCCAAGAGAGGGGACAAGGAUGUGUGCCGGGUUCUGGCCAGGGAGAUUGUGCAGGCCAGGAAGACUAUUGGAAGGAUUUACACCAGCAAGGCACAUCUUAACUCAGUGCAAAGCCAGAUGAAGGCACAGCUGGCCACCCUUAGAGUGUCCGGCGCACUGGCCCAAUCGACGGACGUGAUGAAGGCCAUGCAGGAACUGGUGAAGCUGCCGGAGAUCAGUAAGACCAUGCAGGACCUGAGCCGGGAGAUGUGCCGGGCUGGGAUCAUGGAGGAGAUGCUGGAGGACACCUUUGACACACUGGAGCCCGAGGAGAUGGAGGAGGAGGCGCAGGCGGAGGUUGACAAGGUCCUUUGGGAAAUAACAGCUGGGAAGCUUGGAGAGGCGCCAGACAUGGUAUCAGACGCCCUUCCUUCCGAGCCUGCCGCUGCCGCCGCCGCAACGGAGGAGGAGGAGCCGGAGGAAGAUAUGGAGGAGAUGAGGACAAGACUGGAGGCACUGAGGAGCUGAGUGGAGGAGGAGGAGGAGGAGGUGG